AUGCAUAAGCUUAGCGCCACAUUGAAAGGACACGAACAAGAUGUUCGUAUUGUUGUUGCUAUCAAUGACCAGCUCGUAGCCAGUGGCUCACGAGACGGCACUGUUCGAAUCUGGAAAACACAUGAUGACCAUCAUGUUUGGGAAGGUGUCGUACUUCAUAAAAGUGAACAGUUCGUUAAUAGUUUGUGCUAUGACGAAACUCGUCAGUUACUCUACUGCGGAGGUCAAAAUAAGCUAAUCACUAGUCUUUCUCCUUUUGGGGGUAUUGAUCAAGAGUCUGAAUUCAUAUUGGUAGGCCAUGAAGGGAAUAUAUGUAACCUCAGCUGUGAUAAAGGGCUAGUCAUGAGCAGCAGCUGGGAUAAAACUGCAAGAGUGUGGAAUAAGGGGAUAUCUGAAUAUGAAUUGAAGGGUCAUUCUGCUUCGGUUUGGGAUAUCAAAAUGUUGCCAGAAGAUGGAUUUUUUUUGACUGCUUCAGCUGAUAAGACGAUAAAGCUAUGGCACAAAGAAAAAGUACUCCAGACAUUUACAAAUAUUCACAACGAUGUUGUGCGACAAAUAGCGAUUCACCCAGAUGGUGACAAAUUUGCCAGCUGUUCAAAUGAUACGACUAUUAAGGUCAACGAUCUAGAGGGAAAUGUUCUCAAGACGUUUUCAGGGCAUGAAAGUUUUGUUUAUUGCGUCAAAUUUGCCCCUAAUGGUGACAUAGUUAGUUGUGGGGAAGACAGAUCUAUUAGGAUUUGGAGUCCCGAAGGAGAAGUUAAACAAGUGAUAAGAAUUCCUGCUGUGUCAGUAUGGACCAUUGACAUUCUGCCUAAUGGUGACAUAAUCGCAGGAAGCAGCGACAAUGUGGUAAGAAUAUUUACGGAGAAUAAUGACAGGUACGCCACCGAUGAAGAGCAACUUCAAUUGCAAAAAGAUGUAGAAGAAACGGCGAUCAAUUCAAAAACGAUGGAUUUUGACGAAUCUAAACUUUCUCCUUACGAAACUUUAAACCAACCUGGAAAGGAGGGCCAGGUAGUGGUAGUAAAGAGUCCAGUUGGCGUUACGGAAGCGCAUCAAUUUUCUCAAGGUCAAUGGUCGAAAGUGGGAGAUGUUGUCGGUUCUGCUGCAAAUGAUCAAAAAAUUGACUUUGACGGCGGGAAGUACGAUUUUGUUUUCGAUGUUGACGUUCAAGAAGGCAUGCCACCUCUUAAACUCCCCUUCAAUGCUACAGAUAACCCAUAUGAAGCAGCUGAUCAGUUUCUAUCGAGGAAUGAUCUUCCAACUGAAUACAGGGAAGAAGUGGUCAGAUUUAUCAUCAAGAAUACUGGCAUUACAACUUUUGGAGAAACAAGCAAAGAUGAAAUAUCAGAUGUCAGGCCAAUGAAAGUCCUCCCGGUGAAGUCGUAUCUGGAAAUCAAAACCUUUAACCCAGAUGCCAUUUUCAAAGGCAUAGUUAAAGUGAACAGCAGCGAGAAAACAUUUGAUGAUGAAGAUCUAGCGGCUAUCGGCGCUGGUCUUCACAACAUCAAUGACAAUUUUGAACUACUAUUUGCUCAGGCUUCUAUCAUGCGCUCUUCUUGGUCCAAUAAAACAGCCGCUUACGACAUACUGAGGUUGAUUGUCACUAAGUUACCCAGCGCAGAUACGAUAAGUGAGUUCAUCGAGGAGGGACUGGAUUCUUCUAAGCCAGUUUUAGAGAUGUUAACAAUAAGAACAUUAGUCAACUCUUUCAACAAUACAGCUUGGGGUACAGACCUUAUGUCAUCGAGUAAAGUCUAUGAGUCAAUAUUUGAAACAAUCGAUGUACAAUAUCCGGGGCUUCAGCCAAAGCAAACCGGAAACUUGGCCAUUAGCAUUGCUUCUUUAAUUUUCAACUACAGCGUUUUGGUCUUGCAUAGUCAAAAUCUUGCGAUAGUUCCUAUUAUUGCCGAUACGCUCAAUAAUAAGUUCGGGCCUUCCGCAUUAUGCCAAGAUUCAGAGGAAGCUUCCUACAGGCUUUUAAUGGCUUAUGGUAAUAUUUCUACGGUAGAGCCAACUCUCAAACAAUUUGCACCAUCAGUUUCAUGGAUUAAGCAUGUACGUGGCAGGUAUUCCUCUAUUGCAAGAUUCCAGGAUGUGCUCCAUGACCUAUCUAUUUUAUAA